CUGGAUCAAUCACAAACACAAGGCCCGACAGUGCAUGAAGAUACUGGAGAGAAGCAAAGUAAAAAAAAAGUAAAACUGAGAACAUAAACAGACACAAAAAGUGAAGAAAACAGUAGAAUUUGUGUAACAGUUAUGUCAUCUACAGUAACAGAUCCAGUAAAAGAUCCAGAGAUCAGAUCUGCUGAGAUGAACCAGGAGGAACGGAGGAUCGUGCUGCUGGGGAAGACUGGUGCUGGGAAAAGUGCAACAGGAAACACCAUCCUGGGAAGAAAUGUAUUCACAUCAGAACGAUCUUUAGAUUCUGUAACAGAACACAGUGAAUGUAAAGAAGCUGUGAUAGGAGGAAAGUUAAUACGUGUGAUUGAUACACCAGGAUUAUUUGACACAAAAGAGGCAAAAAAUGUAAUAGCAUUAGAGUUGUGCAGGAGUGUUUAUCUUUCACAACCAGGAGUUCAUGCUUUCAUUCUGGUUUUCAAAUUUGAUCGAUUUACAAAACUGGAAGAAGAAAUAAUUAAGAGCUUACAGGAGGUUUUUGGUGAGCAGGUUACAGAUCACAUGAUCGUUUUGUUUACUGAUGCUGAGGGUGUUGGAGAAGAAGAAAUAAACAGAAGCAGAAAUGAACAUCUCAGAAGGGUGUUAGAUCAGUGUGGAGGAAGAUUUCACAUCUUUAAUAAUGCAGAACCACAGAACAGACAGCAGGUCACUGAACUUCUGCAGAAGAUAAACAGGAUGGUGCAGCAGAAUGGAGGAGGAUUCUACACUAAUGAGAUGUAUAAGGAAGCACAGGGCUUAACCUGGGAGGAAUUCUGGGAGAAAAACAAGGAAUUCUUUUUAGUCGCAGCUGGUGUUUUAGCUGUAGUGGGGGCUGCGGCAGUGGCAGGAGCAACUUUUGUUGGAGUGGCUGUGGGACUGGUGUCAGGAUGGAUAGUGGGAUAUUUUAGGUGGUAAUUGGAAUUUAGGAAGUAGUUUAUGGUGGUGGGACCAGGAGCAGUUAGUGUAUUAGGUGCAGCUAGAGCUGGUGGUGGGAACAGAGGGUUAUUUUGGGGUAACAGGGUUACAGUGGCUUUAAUUAAAGUGAUUCAGAUUUACAGUAAUCUACACACUUGUUUCGCAGAUUCUCUUUAUUUAAAUUAUCAUUUGAAUAUAAACAGAAAUAUUUAAUUCUAAGUAAAACAUUGUGGUGUGGUAAAUCAUAACCUUUUUAGUUUUUAAUCUUUAAUUUAAUCUGUAUCAG